UCCGUCGGUUGAUUGGUUGGAUUUUUUGUGGGACGCAGGCGGUGCUUCGGCCCUCGCGCUAACUGCGGAGUGGGAGUUGCCUCAGCUCGGCGUUCAGUUUGAGGAGGAGGAGGCCCCGCCGCCGCCGAUAUAAUACAGCAAUGACGUUCAAGCAGAGUCGAGAUCGUUUCUACAGCACCCGCUGCUGUGGUUGUUGUCAUGUCCGCACCGGCACUAUCAUUUUGGGGACCUGGUAUAUGGUGGUGAAUUUGCUGAUGGGCAUUUUACUGACAGUCGAAGUGACUCAUCCUAAUACUGUACCAUCUGUAGAUAUCCAGUAUGAGGUUAUUGGAAACUAUUAUUCCUCUGAGAGGGUUGCUGAAAAUGCCUGUGUUCUCUUUGCCAUCUCACUCCUCAUGUUUACGAUCAGUGCUAUGUUGGUGUAUGGAGCAAUUACUCAUCGUGUCGGUUGGCUGAUUCCAUUCUUUUGUUACCAGCUUUUUGACUUUGUUCUCAGCUGUCUCAUGGCUAUAAGUUCUCUGACUUAUUUGCCAAGGAUAAAAGAGUACCUGGAUCAACUACCAGAAUUCCCGUACAAAGAUGACCUUCUUGCUCUUGAUUCAAGCUGGCUUCUGUUCAUUGUUCUGUUGUUCUUCGUCUGGAUCAUUAUUUUAAAGGCCUACCUAAUUAAUUGUGUCUGGAACUGCUAUAAAUACAUUUGUAAUAGAAAUGUGCCUGAAAUAGCAGUCUACCCAGCAUUUGAAGCCCCUCCACAGUAUGUUUUGCCAUCUUAUGAAAUGGCAGUGAAAAUGCCAGAAAAGGAACCGCCACCUCCUUACAUUCCUGCCUGAAACAGCCAAGCUUGUAACAAAACAACUGUACCAGCUUCAGUUUUUUAUAUUGUAAGACUGCUUAAAUAUUCAGGUUUUUAGAAGCGCCCAUAUGAGGCUGAGAGGCAUUUGAUAUAAGCUGACUAAACAAAAUUCAUAAGGGAGUGAUUUUUCUCCCUCUUGCUAGCUUUAAUUUUAUCGAUCUCCUGAAAUCUAAGUAAUGUUUGCCCCGGGGCUUAAUUUUACAAAUAUUUCUGUUUCUGUAUACAACUUCAAUUGUAUGUAUUUGUUACUUCAUUUUAUGUCAAGAAGCAAGUUUAGCUCUGGAGAGUAACGUUUAGAAAAUCAUUUACAAAUAUAAAUUAGUUCCAAAGCACAAUCGUACCAGAUGGCAAGAUUUUUUUAGUGUGAGAGAAUGACUUCAUAUGUGAUGCACUAUUGCAUAUAUGUAUUUACCUGAAACUUUUGUUACAUUAGUUUUUAUUGUGUUAUCCCUAUGCCUUGAAACAAUAUUUUCUAAAAGCCUGAAGUUGGAAUUAAUAGUUUGACAUUUUUGCCAUAUGGUGUGAAUGCCAGAAAAGGACACACAAAACUACAUUUGUCCUUUACUUGCUUCAAAUCUGUAUGUAUUUUCAUCUUUGUUUUUAAAUGAUGCUUUAAUAAAUCUUUAAGAAAAUAA